UUCACCCAGCGAUUUGUGGAUAUGGAUAUAAUGUGGACGCUUGCCAAGCACAUGCUCUGCGUAGUUCAACCGCCAUGGCACUGGCAGUAACCAAGAGCUUGGAUUCUUGGUCCAUUGAUCGCCUUCUUCCUCAAACACGUUCACAAUCCACGCCCAGCUCAAGAGCGAACGCGAGGCAAGAAGCGCUUUCUCUGCCCAUUUCAAGAAGGUCUGCAAUUUUGAUCUCUUCGCUACCUUUCGCUCUCGUUUCUGUAUCUCCGUCCGAGGCAAGAGACAGAAGGAACAAGAAGACCGUUCCUCUCGAAGACUAUCUCACCAGCCCAAAUGGGCUGAAGUACUAUGAUGUAGUGGAGGGAAAAGGUCCUGUGGCAGAAAAGGGUUCCACAGUUCAGGUGCACUUUGAUUGCCUCUAUAGAGGGAUUACAGCUGUGUCAAGUCGAGAAUCUAAACUCUUGGCUGGAAAUCGUAUUAUUGCUCAGCCUUAUGAGUUCAAAGUUGGAGCGCCUCCUGGGAAGGAACGGAAGCGUGAUUUUGUCGACAAUCCAAAUGGUCUAUUUUCAGCACAGGCUGCACCUAAACCCCCACCGGCAAUGUACUCCAUAACCGAAGGGAUGAAAGUUGGGGGAAAGCGAACUGUGAUUGUUCCUCCUGAGGCUGGAUAUGGUCAAAGGGGGAUGAAUGAAAUCCCACCUGGAGCUACUUUUGAAUUGAACAUCGAGCUUUUAGAAGUGGUGCAGCCUGAAAAAGGUGGGGCCUGACCUGAUUCGGGAACAAGAUUUCGAUCCCCCCAAGACAAGAAGUUGAGCAUUAGCUGAGUGAUUCUUUUGGAAGGACGAGGAGGGGCAAAUCCGAGUACUAAUUAGGUAGGGGAAAUUUUUUCAAUGGAACCUUGAGCUCUUUUCUUGCGACUACUCUCCAUGUGAUGAAAAUGUUAAGAGCAGUUGUUUGGUAUCACCCUGUAAAACAUAACAAAGCUCCAUGGCACCAAAAUUCUACUUUGGUAUUUGGGCAUAUGUCACCUUUUCAGUGUUUAGCUUUUGGGUCUGGUUGGGUAUCGAUUUUUAGGAGGUAUAGGGCGGCUGCGAUAGGGAAAACGUGACAGCCUUAUUUGUACAUACUGCCUAUUGUUUUAUUAGCAAAAGGAAAAGCAGAAGUUUAAAGUGUUGGAUAUCGUUUUCAGAGAGGGAAACGCAAUAAAUUGGUGUGGAUUUGGAUUGGAUUGGGAUUGGGAUUGGGAUUGGAUGGUUGUCCCAAGUGUCAUUUUGUGGAGCAUAUUCAAGGAUUUUCCUUUGUUGAUGCGUGGAAAGUGCCUUCCCAUUGCUUUGCUAGGAUACCUCCACGCAGGCUCCCACCCCCUUUCUGUGAAAAGAAGCCUCUUCCUCCUUCUCCUCAUACGACUUUGUUUUCGACAAGAUUCUACCACACAACAACACGUUGUUGGUUUGGUUCUCCCCAACUUGGGUUUCAACUUUGAACCCCGGAAUCAUUUCAUUUUGAGCCAAGUAUAGAUAGUUGGUGUUGUGUUUUCUUGUUUCACUGUGGAUAUGGACCAAUAAGAGUGAUCCAUGAGAGAGAAUGAAAAAUGUUGAAAACGGGCGAGAGAAUGUGGUUUUUGAUUUUGGAUUGGUUGGUGUUUCAGACUUCAUUAAAUAAUAAAUACUGCUUGUUUGGUU